AUGGAUAAACAAUGCGAUGACAUGCUGGUGCUCUUGGACAAGGCCAAUGACCAGUGGUCCAGCAGCUUUCCUCCAGUUCGCGACGACAAAGAGAUCGAUUGGCGUCAGCGCAAGUGGCUUCUGCGCACCUUCAAGGAUGCAAGAUCCAGCGUAUGA